GUCCCCCUGUCCCACAGGGAACUGGCGUCCCAGAUCGCGGAGCAGUUCCGAGUGCUGGGCAAACCCCUGGGCCUGAAGGACUGCGUGGUGGUGGGAGGUCUGGCUGGUUGCCCAGCUCAGGGAGCUGUUCCCCAGGUGCUGGACGAGGCUGACCGCCUGCUGGAGCAGGGCUGUGCAGAUUUCAGCGCUGACCUGGAGCUGAUCCUGGAGGCGCUGCCCGCUCGCCGCCAGACCCUGCUCUUCAGUGCCACCCUCACGGCCACCCUGAGCCAGCUGCAGGCCCUGGCUGCCAACAAACCCUUCUUCUGGCAGGCUGAGGCCCAGGUGAGGACGGUGGAGGGGCUGGAGCAGCGUUACCUGCUGGUGCCUGAGGCACUGAAGGAUGCUUACCUGGUGCACCUGGUGCAGAGCUUCCAGGAGCAGCACCACGACUGGGCCAUCAUCAUCUUCACCAAAACCUGCAAGGACUGCCAGGUGCUGAACAUGAUGCUGAGGAGGUUCCAGUUCCCCUCGGUGGCUCUGCACUCCAUGAUGAAGCAGAAACAAAGAUUUGCAGCUCUGGCCAAGUUCAAGUCCAGCAUCUUCAAGAUCCUCAUUGCCACAGAUGUGGCUGCCAGAGGUUUGGACAUCCCUGCAGUCCAGCUUGUCAUCAACCACAACACCCCAGGGCUGCCCAAAAUCUACAUCCACCGUGUGGGCCGGACAGCACGGGCUGGGAGGACGGGCCUGGCCCUCACGCUGGUCACUCAGUACGACAUUCACCUGGUGCACGCCAUCGAGGCUGAGAUCAAGCUGCAGCUGCAGGAGUUCUCUGUGGAGGAGCAGCAGGUGCUGAACAUCCUGACCCAAGUGAACGUCACCAGGAGGGAGUGUGAGAUUGUGAGUGACUGAGACCCACAGUGCAGCACUAAUUACCUUAAUUAAAUUAAUUUGAUUGCACACAACCCGAAAUGAUCACCUGAAACUAGGAGGAAAAAAGAAAAAAAAAAA